AGCAGUGGGUACAUUUCAGUUGUUGCCGUCGUGCACUUCUUGCAAGUCACUCCAAGCACACUGUCAGACAGCUCAUGGUAGGGCGCAUUGUUUACGGGUGGACAAAUGAUUCAUUAUUUAGUACAACAGACUCAUCUACAAGUAUACAUGGAGUAUAUUCUUGAGAACUGCUCAGGAUAAAGAAACAGUAAAGGCCAUCACUAUUUUGGAUGACUUCAAACUCAGCAGUGAAAAGGUUUCUCUAGGCUGAGCUUUUGAUGGAGAAAAUGAAGAAGUUUAAGAGGAGGUUUUCUUUGAACUUACGUGGCAGCCAGACUAUUGAUGAGUCGUUAUCUGAACUAGCAGAACAGAUUACAAUUGAAGAAAAUAGCAGCAAAGAUAAUGAACCCAUUUUCAGGAAUGGCAGGCCUCCAACAUCGCACAGUAUGCACUCUUUUCUCCAUCAAUAUGCAGGAUCUUUCAAGAAACCACCACUUCGAAGGCCACAUAGUGUAAUAGGUGGAAGCCUUGGCUCAUUCAUGGCAUUACCCAGAAAUGGAAGUAGGUUGGACAUUGUGCAUGAAAAUCUGAAGAUGGGUUCAGAUGGAGAAAGUGACCAAGCAUCUGGAACAUCAUCUGAUGAGGUCCAGUCCCCUACUGGUGUCUGUCUGAGGAGUCGAGUACACAAGAGAAUCUCAUUGGAGGACUUGAAUAAGCGCCUGUCUCUGCCUGCUGAUAUCAGAAUACCUGACGGAUAUUUAGAAAAGCUUCAAAUAAGCAGCCCACCUUUUGAUCAACCAAUGAGUAGACUGUCACGAAGAGCAUCAUUGUCUGAAAUAGGAUUUGGAAAACUGGAAACGUACAUCAAACUGGGCAAACUUGGUGAGGGUACAUAUGCAACAGUUUAUAAGGGAAGGAGUAAGCUGACAGAUAACUUGGUAGCUCUAAAAGAAAUAAGACUGGAGCAUGAAGAGGGAGCACCAUGUACAGCCAUACGAGAAGUGUCAUUAUUAAAGGACUUAAAACAUGCAAAUAUUGUGACAUUACAUGAUAUUGUCCACACGGAAAAGUCAUUGACUCUAGUCUUUGAAUAUCUGGAUAAGGACUUAAAGCAGUAUAUGGAUGACUGUGGGAACAUCAUGAGUAUACACAAUGUAAAGAUCUUUUUAUUCCAAAUUUUACGAGGACUUGCCUACUGCCAUAGACGGAAGGUGCUACAUAGAGACUUGAAACCUCAAAAUUUGCUAAUUAAUGAGAGGGGAGAACUAAAACUAGCAGAUUUUGGGUUGGCAAGAGCAAAAUCAGUUCCAACAAAAACAUAUUCAAAUGAAGUAGUAACAUUAUGGUAUCGACCUCCAGAUGUUCUUUUGGGAUCGUCAGAAUAUUCUACACAGAUUGACAUGUGGGGAGUGGGUUGCAUAUUUUUCGAAAUGGCAGCCGGAAGGCCGUUGUUUCCUGGAAGCACAGUUGAAGAUGAAUUGCACUUAAUAUUUAGACUUUUAGGCACUCCUACAGAAGACACAUGGCCUGGAAUUUCUUCAAUAGAUGAAUUCAGGUCCUAUAACUUUCCAAAGUACAAGCCACAACCAUUAAUAAAUCAUGCACCAAGGCUGGAUUCUGAAGGAACAGAUCUAUUAUCAAAAUUUCUUCAGUAUGAAUCUAAGAAAAGAUUGUCAGCAGAUGAUGCACUGUUUCAGUCUUAUUUCAGAAGCCUUGGAACAAGAGUACAUACCUUACCAGAAAAUGUAUCAGUAUUCAGCUUGAAAGAAAUACAGUUACAGAAGGAUCCUGGUUUUAGAAAUACAUCUUACCCAGAACAAGGACAUGGGAAGAACCGAAGACAAAGCAUGCUGUUUUAAUUCAGUCUAGUAUCAGGCCCUGUUCAGACGUGGUUCUCUAUAAAAUAACCUAUGGAGUGAACUAAAAGGCAGCUGUAUUUUUUUAUCUUAGGAGGACUGGAAUUCAGUUGCUUUCCAUAUGGUCCGCUUUCCAAUGAAGUCAUUUUAUUGCAGACAUGUCAAUGAUGUUUUAUAUUUAACUGUCACAAUGUGACAAUAUUUUGUACAGAUGGUUAUAAGGUUCUCUUUUGCUGUUAGAGCCAAGUCAGUCACAGCUGCUGACAUAGCUGCAUUUUUAUUUGCAGAAUGAACUAACACAGUGCAUUAUUUAUUGAGGAAUCACUGCUGCUAAAUGACUACUGUCGAUAUGUAACACAACAGUGAAGUGACUGAAGAGAGAGUGGCUUUGUAAUAUGUGAAUUCAUCUGUUUCUCCUUGUACAGUAACUGUUAUAAUGCUGUAUUUUGUAUGGUUAUUUUGUACUCUGCUGGCGAUGUUUUGGGAAUGUAAGUUCAGCCUUGCUGAAUUUAAACAGCUGGACCAUUUUAACACACUGAAUUUAAAAUGCAUAACAGCUUUGGUGUUUGAAAAUGGUUACACUUAUAUAUAUAUAUAUAGUGAGAAAAAGUAAAUUAUUUUGAAAAACUCAUCUUUUAAUGUUUAAUUUAAACUAAAACAUAAAUAUUACUUUUUUCCAAGGAAGUGGUGUAGAUGUCACAUUUUUGAUCAACCAUUAUGUUUUGUAGAGCUGAAUAUCAGAACAUUUAUCAGGUUGAAUUUACCUGUGGGUUGUAGAACAACAUUUGGCAGAAUCAUAGAUGACUUACACUAACUGGUAUAAAAUGCAUGUGAUUGAAAGCUCAUAGCUGAAUCGUAGUUAUUGGAAAACGUGCAGUUGAAGUUUAAAUUACCUUACAGUCUUUUUGUAGCUGGUCACUGCCCUUGCAUUCCUCUCCUUUACUUAAAUAUGUGUACUUCAUGGUCACACAGCCAUGGAGACAAGAGACAGAACUAUACACAAUCAGUUCUAAUGCAGAAAUGGAAGCCAUAUCAGCAAUGACCAUCUUUAGAUAAUGCCAGUCACUAUGUUCAAAUCACCCAAGUGUUGUUUUCUGUUACUACUCAUUUUUACCUGUUACAGAACACUGUGUAACUGUACCAACAUUUGCUAAUUGUGUUUCAGCCAAAUGUGACUUCUGCCAGUAAUUCUGCCAUUUGUUUUUUCCACCAGUAGUUGGGAACCCAUCAGGUCAUAUUCUUAAUGAAUUUACAUGUUGGUAUAUCCUGAAAUACCAGUGACUUGGCCUGAUUGUUAUGUGUGGACAUGGCAAUUAAACACAAUUUAUCCUUGAAAACUAAAUUUAUGAAAAGCA